AUGGGACAUCGAGUCCGCAUGGCGGGCAAGGAAAUGCUUGUUGCCCUUGUCGUCAAGAUACAGGGGAUCGCCCCCAAGGCAUCCCAGCCAUCUCGGGUCCAGUGGACUGAGCCCCCGUCUUACCAGGCCUAUCUGGGCGGCACGUCUGGUGAUUCAUCAUCCUGGGCCCGCACAUGGCUCGACUCGAUACGGGGGUCGAUGGGAGAGCAUGGGUACCUUGUUGUAAUCAGGGGAGACAACGUUCUGAGGAAGAGGUGGACGAUUCUCAAGACUUGGUCGUCUCGGGCCGCGGGGAGCUUCCCGGCGCCGAUCCCCAUCAAACUUUGCCCUGACUGGUUGGGCAAUGCACUAAAGGUACCUGGCGGCGGCUUGCCGGAUGCUGUCAAACUCUUCUCCCGUUCUAUGUACAGGUACUUUUCACACUUUCUCCACGGGAAUCUUGUGGCCUUCGUAUUACCCGCCUGCCAACCAGCUCUCCCCAAGCACAUCUGCCCUCCCAAGCACAUCUACGUCGUCAUGGUCUUCCCAAGUCUAUCCGAGGCUUCCAUAAUUAACAACAGCCUCACUCUCAGUCUCCCUAGGUCGUCUGAACGACAAUGCUGCCCGAUUCAGCCCUCCCUCUUGCGCCGCAUCUUCAACGCUUACGACAUCGAUGAAGCCCGACACGCCCUGAGACCUGACCGACUGGUAACAUCAUCCUCGCCGCCCAUCACGAGCAUUGGGAAUCGAUCUCAUGUCACUUAUUCACUUCCUCAAUCGGGACAUCCCGAGGAGCUUCUUCUGCACGCCCUGAUCUCCCCCUCAGGGUGCCAUUGUCCUUCCCCACAACGUCUUCUCCUGGCGAACCUUUCACUUGCUCCCCCACACAAUGUGGUCACAGCUUCACACCACACCUUUCAUCUUGAGGGCGCCGGUCAUGUCGUGCUUCUACUUGCUUCCAAUCACUACACUUUCCCCUGAUAUGGGACCACACUAUAUCACCUUCCGAUACGUUGUACAGUACGUUGUAAACAAUUGGACUGCGAAC